AUGGCCUACUCGAUGACAGUCAAGCUCACGCCCGAGCAGCUCGACGAACGGCGUCGUCAACUCGACCGUGCCGGAUUCCAUGCCUGGCUCAGUCCGAUCGUCAUCUUGCUGGGGGUAUACAUCUACCGACGCUGGCUCGCGGGCUCCAUCCCAAAGCUUCUUUGUCCACUACCAGCUCGAGGCCCGGCGCGCGGACUGCGUCUCUGCCUCCGCCGCGUCGCCUGGAUUCUCUCAACCACCUACGUGUACGAGUACGGUCCGCUUUACGUUCCCCUUGUCGGCCUGCUCUACACGCUCUGGCUCGUGUACCUCGCCUCCCGUGGCACGGGAGAGGAUUACAUGCACAUUACGAAAUCGUUGGGCCACGUCGCGGCAAGUCAACUGCCACUUCACUACCUCCUGAGCGUGAAACAGACGCGAUACAGCCCGGUGACGUGGGCCACGGGCAUGACGCACGAGCGCCUCAACGCCGUGCACCGCCUGUUCGGCCGCAUCGUCCACCUCUUCCUGGCCGCGCACGCGGUCCUGUACCUGCGGUUCUUCGUCACGAUGGGGUUCCUGGAGAGGAGGAUCAAAGACCGAGACGUCCGCCUGGGCGUGCUGGCAUUCUGGAGUUUUAAUCUUCUGGGGAUCCUGAGUCUCCCCGUCGUGAGGAGACGCGUGUAUCUCGCCGUGUUUUAUCGGUCGCAUGUCCUCCUCUCGGCGGUCGUGCUUGCCGUGCUGUGGUUCCAUGUGCCGUACACGCGCUGGUUCGUCGGGCAGGCUGGCGCGAUUUAUCUCCUCGGGGCAUUCCUGAGGGUCCGUGGCGCGAGGAAGAUCGACGCGAUGAAAUGUCGUGCUAUUGCUAUAGGUACACGUGGGACUGGAACUGGAACUGGCACUUCCAAGGAGUUGUUGAUUCAAGUCAAUUUCCGCGUCGCGGCGGGAGAUCCGUUGGCCGUCGCAAUGCCAGGACAGCAUGUCUAUCUUGUCCGGAAUGGCGUGGCUGGACCCAAGACCCCCGCGACGAUUGCGAAUGUGCAGAGGGGAACGUCGUCGUUGUCGAAAUCCAACGUCGAGAUCAUGCUGGUGCUCAGAGAUAUGGGCGGGCCGGGGACGUCGUAUCUCGCUGCUUUGUGUUCGCAAUCUGCAAGGAAAGGUCUAGUGGCGGAGGACGUACGCGUCGAGGGUCCUUACGGCGAGGCGAGCGAGUAUAUGCCCGCAUUUCUUGGUUCGGGUUCCAGUUCGGACUCCAAGUCGAGGUCCUCUCGGAAUGGGCCCAUUCUCCUCGUCGCCGGCGGAAUCGGCGUCACGUACACGCUCCCGAUCUAUCUGUCCCUGCUGGCCUGUCCGUCCAACCAACGCAGAAAGAUCAAAUUCAUUUACCUCACCAAGACGCUGAGGGAGGCGCAGUGGGUUGUUGACCUUCUCUUGGGCGCUCUCAACGCAGGGGUGGCCGACGCUCUUGACGUGGAGAUCUACGCCACGAGGUCAGUUCCUGAUCCCAUCGAAGGGGGCGGCCUCGAUGCUGCAGCGCUGAGGAGUCCUUUCCUGCGCGCCAAGGGGGUUAAGGUGGAGGAUCUGCGACGGAGGCCCGAUCUGCGAGAGAGUGUAGACGAGGUGUUCACGGCCACGCCGGACAAGGACACUAUGGCGGCGCUUGACCUUUGGUCCACGAAGGCAAUGGACGGAGGUCGAGACGUCAGUUUCGACUCCAGUGUCAGCGUCUUUGUCUGUGGCCCUUCAGGGUUGUCCAGACAUGUUAGAGGACUUGUCGGCCGUUGGGUCUGGCGGGAUGGCCGAAGCGUGAACUGGUAUGAAGAGGUCUUUGCGUUCGGUGGGAGUUGA